GUAUAUGUGAUGGAUAGUUUAGAUUAAAAAUACUAAAACUUGUAUGAAUAAAAAUGACAACGGAAAAGAAAUGUUGCACUUACAACUUGAUGCUUCGUAUUUUUAUUGUGAUUAGUGGAUUGCUAAUAUGUCUUGGUAUUUUAGCAGCAAUUUUUCAUCCUAAUCUUUAUAGAUACAUGGUGGAAAAGGAGUUAGUUAUGAAACCUGGUAAUGAAGCAUAUAAUAAUUGGUAUUCACCACCAUCACCUGUUUAUAUGCAGUAUUUUAUGUUUAAUUACACAAAUGUAGCAGAUAUAUUAGCCAAAGGCAGUAAACCACAAGUUCAACAAAUUGGACCAUAUUCAUACAAGGAAAUACGUAUCAAUGCGGUUGUGGAACAAAAUGAUUAUGAAAUAACCUACUUGCAAAAUUAUUCUUAUGUCUUUGAUCCUGUAACAUCUUGUCAAAAUUGUAGUGAGAGUGAUAUGAUUUGGGCCCCAGAUAUAGCAGUGCUAACAAUUUUGAAUAAAAUGAAUGCUUUGAACAGUGCUGAACUAAUUUUUGUUGCAACGUUUUUUAAUAUUUAUCAGUAUAAACAAAAAGUUUCUCUUUUCCAAUAUCGUUCAGUUUAUGAAAUGUUAUGGGGAUAUAAGGAUUCUUUUCUAACAAACAUUAGAAUGCUAGAAGAUAAGAUUCCAAAAUUUAUUGCUGAUCUUUUAAAUCUUGAAAAAAUUGAUCCUUAUGUUGUUCUGCAGCAUAAUGGGACAAAAGAAGCUGAAAGCAUUGGAAAUAUUACAAUACUUACUGGAAAAUCGAAUAUUAAUGAUGUUCAAAAGGUUAUUAAAUGGAGAGGAUUAAACCAUACUGAUAAAAAUUUUUGGAAAACAAUGUACGGUAGAAUGCUAAACGGAAGUGAUGGCUCUCAUACCCAGCCUUUUCUUGAACGAAACAGCAAAGUAUAUUUGUUUACAGCAGACUUGGCAAGGUCUCUUUAUGUUGAAUAUGAAAGUGAUAUAACUGUUUUUGACAUAACAUUGUAUCGUCAUACUACAUCACAAUGGUUAUUCAUGAACAGUUCAGUAAACCCUGAUAAUGAAGCUUUUUGUGGACCAACCAAAUGCUGGGGAACUGGAUUACUUCCAAUUGGACAAACUCAAGAUGGAAAUCCUCCAUUGUUUAUGUCUAGUCCUCACUUCUAUCAAGGAGAUCAAAAGCUAGUUGAUGCAAUCAAUGGUCUUCAUCCGAAUAAAUCUCUACAUGCUACAUUUCUAGAUGCUGAACCAACAACUGGCAUUGUAAUGCAAGCACACAAACGUUUACAAAUUAACAUAUUAGUUCAGCCACUUAAAUUGAUCAGCAUAACAGAAAAUAUUCAUGAGGAUGUUUUUCUGCCAAUACUUUAUGUUGAUGAGCAAGCAAUGAUUGAUCAAAAGUCUGCUGACAAGUUUAAAAGUGAAGUUUUAAAACCAAAAGUAUAUUUGGAAGCUGGAUCAUAUACGAUUCUUGGUAUCGGUGUUUUAAUUUUAUUGGUUGUAAUUGCAGUUUUUUCUCGACGUUUUUAUAAAAAGCGAAAAAAUAAUGAGUAUAAAGAGUUCAAGGAUGCUGAUUGCGUGUAAGUUAAUCGUUAAUCGUUGGUUAAUCGUUUUAGUCUGUUGCUUUGAUCAUUUCAAUCAAUUCAUCAUUAAUUUUUGUCAACUUAAAUCGCUGUUUUACUUUUUCUUUUCUUUUUUCUUUUUAAAAUAACUUGCAAUUUUAUAUUUUUGUACAAGUUUCUAAUUUUCAAUAAGUUUUAAAACAUUUUAUAUAUUUUUAAAAGAUUUUUAUUCUAUCUGAGUAAUAAUUUAUAUUCUUAGUUCUAAAUCUAUAUUCUUAAUAUCUAUAUAAAUAUAUAUUUUUAUAUAUUAAAAAGAUUAAAUAUUAAUUAAUUCUUGAUAUUU